AUCGCAUCGCAGCCGGCGCAGCAUCAGUGUCCAUACAUUUCAAAGGCCGGAACGCACGCGCCGCGGUCGGUAACGCAACCGUUCACGUGAAAAUGAAAUCGCAAUUCUAAAUUUGAAUUAAAUUUUUUUCUUCGCCCUUGAUUUGAAAUUCUACGCAUAUACACCCUAACGAAUAAUUUAGAUUUUUAAAACUUUGUUUCUAUUUUUUUUAUCGUGAAUCAAAAAUGAAGUUUUUCCUACACAACGUUCCCAGUGUUUUCUUAAUGUCGCUUGUGCUACUGGCCAACGCACAAAAAUCUUCAAAUAAUCUUCGUGACGUCGAUUUCCAAGAGCUGGCGCGACAGAACAAAAUCACUACGCAGAUACUGGAAGCUUUUAUACAGAAGAAAUUGGGACUAGCGAGCCCCAAUUACAGGGCACCAUCAAUAUUCGACAUUUUACCUGGGAAGAAACCAGAAGACCGACCUAUAAGGCAGUCGAUGCACGAUCGUUUGAAAGAACCUGCACCUGAGGAUACGGAUAAUGAUGGAAGUCAAGAUAUGAAUGAUGAAGUGGAACAAGAGGUUGUUGAGGUUCCAGAGUAUACAGACUUUGACGCUUUACAAAGCGUGGAGAGCGAGCAGAUUGAUUCAAUAUACUCGGAAGGUAGGAGUAAAAAGUAUUCCAGCCAAUCGCUAGAUGCAGAUUUGGAACCUAGCUAUCAUUGUUCAAGCUGUAACGAAGAUGAUCUUGGCGUGACAAGAUGGACUAUGCCACUGCUUAAGAGCGGAGAAAAACGUUACUAUUUGGGCAUCUUCUUUAAGGCAAACUGGUUCAAAGCGCAGCAAUACUGCAGGUUCCACGGAAUGCAUCUAGCCUCAAUUUCGUCACAAGAAGAGAAUGACAGGCUUGAGAAAUAUGUCCGAGAAUCAGGAUACGGCCGCGAGCAUUUCUGGACAUCAGGUACCGAUUUAGCGGAGGAAGGCAACUUCUUCUGGAUGGCCAAUGGCCGGCCUCUAACAUUCGUCAACUGGAACGCCGGAGAGCCCAACAACUUCAGAUACGAGAACGGAGAAGAAGAGAACUGCUUGGAACUCUGGAAUAGAGAUGACAAAGGUCUCAAAUGGAACGACUCGCCUUGUUCCUUCGAAACGUACUUCAUUUGCGAAGUGCGAUCCGAUUGAUAAUAUCAUCUAGUGCUGGACGCGACAAACGGUAGAGAUAAAUUUAAAAUUGAAAAACUCAUUGUUUUAACUUAAUCAGUACUGGAAUGUUUCGAACAUAUAUUUUAGAUUAUUUUAGAAAAAUAACACCAAUGUUACAAGUCACAAAUAAUACGUUUUUUUUUAUGUGUCGACACCAAAAAUAGUUCUGCACAUGACUCAUGAAAAAUUGUAUGUGUAUUCAUAUGUUCAUUGGGGUUUAUGUGUUUACUUAAAAAAUCAUGUUCCGUGUCCUAAGCAAAACUUAUUAAAUAUCUUUGUUUUGUUGUGAUAUAAGAAUAGUGUGCUAGAUGUAAAUCUUCUAUUUCAAUUUAAUAAAUAAGAUGGAAUAGAAAUGAUUACGGUCAGUGCUCAGUACAUUUUAGUAAUUAUGUGAUACAAUUUUUUCGUACAAGAAUGAAAUUGUACAGAUUGUAGAAUAGGUAGGGUUGUUAUUUAUUUAUAUUUGAUUGCAAAACUACCCUCUAUUGACCAGAACUACCAAUACAAUGAAAUGUGAAUAUGAUAUUUCAAUUACUUCUUCAAAACUUAGCCUUUUGAAAUUUUAUACAUUACUGUAUGCGUUAAAUAAUAUCGUUAUUUCGAGUAUUGGUGGCAAAUAGUUGACAUGCAAUGUAUAUGUAUCAAUAAAAUUAGAUUGUGGAUCAAAAAAACAUAUAUGAUAAGUUGUAACAGUCACUGCCUAUGAUCUUGUUACCAGAGCUCUCGGAGCUCGAAGGACACGCGUGUCCAUAGUCAAACUAGUGUUAGUACAAGUUACCUUGUGUAAAGAUAGUUUUAAGGGAAAAUAAAUGAAACUUACGAGUUCUUUA